AUGGCAGAUACCAAGAUUGUAAAUCUUUCAAUGGGUGCAAGCAAAAGUCAUCAUCUGCGCACAGUUUUGCUGCUUCGGCUGUGUAUACUAUCUGUCACGGCCAGCGAUGACUUCCAAGACGACAGCUCCAGCUCUUUCGAAGUCAUUGCCUUUUUGGGUGGAGGCGUCGUAUGUCUUGCUGGUUACCGACUCUUUCGUCCCACAGUCUUCUGUUGUGCCUUCUUCAUUGGUGGCAUCUUUGUCGCUAGAAUCGUCGAGACAGCAUUCUCAAGCAUGAGUUGGAUGCCAACCGCCUCGUGGAUCGCCUUUGCUAUCAGUGGAGUCAUUUCUGGCGUAAUUGUGUUAAUGCUUUACAGUGCUAGCAUUUUUAUGGCUGGUGCAGUGGGAGGGAUCAUGCUCGCAUUUACGAUUAACACGUCGGUAGGUGCAAUGAUCUACCCGAAGAAUCCGGACGUUUUGUUGAUCAUAUUGGCCGUCUUAUUGGGUAUCCUUGGCGGCAUUUUGGCACUCAAGCUUGAAAAGCCAGUCAUCAUUGCAACUACAGCUUUUGCUGGCUCUAUGAUUUGUGUCUGGGGAGUCGGCUACUUUGCAGGCGAUUAUCCAAACGGUGCAGACCUGAAGCAGUUCCGGUCCCUAGAUGACAAGGGCAACUGGGUCUAUGACAUCCCGGAUGCCUGGUGGAGCUAUUUAGCGGGUAUAAUCGUGCUAUUUAUCGUGGGUGUGACUGUGCAGAUUCGAAAGACAGCGCGAGGAUACGAUCAUGGAGGCCAUACGGGAAGCUUGUCGAUCUCAAAAAAUUCGAGAAACGCUGCAGUAUGA